GCGAUUGUAGUACAAUCAUUCUGCUUCUAUAGAAUACACACCGCUACGAAAAAUUGUAGAGAUUCAUCAACAGGAUUGUCUUGGAAGUUAACUCGCCGGCAAUUUUACUGCUUUGCUAUUGAAUUUUUCCUGGUACUGGUACACCGUACACAACGCACUGACAAUGCUGCUCAAGGAGUACUCCAAGAUGUCUGCUUCUGUGGUGCCUUACUCCACAACUCUGGUGGAUGGGCGUCACGUGAUCGUGGAUGCCAUGACUGAGCUGCAGAUACACGAGACGUACAUCCUCGUUCAAGAGGCCGCCCAGUCUGGGCAGGGCUUCGGCGCUGACGAGUAUGCAGAUGAGAAAGAAUUUCUGGAGGACAUCAGCGAUGGUUUCCAGUUUGCCGUGAUGGACAAAGACUCUGGGGAGAUGGUGGCUGCUUUCAUCUUGGCCAUCAGCAAAUACUCCCGGGGUUGCCAGGUGGCUGAUCCCUUCAUCGUCGUGAAGAAAAACCAGAGGGGUUGCCGUCUCGGUACCUUCUGUAUGGACAAAUGUGUUCAGUUUGCAAAAGAACUUGGUUUCAUGGGCAUUUAUUGCGACACGUUCAGCAACAACACAGCCAUGAUCAAAAUCAUCGAGAGCAUCCCGGGGUUCCAGAAAGUCGGCUGCUUGCCGAUGGGCGGAGUGAUGAAGGACGGGAGAAUCGUGGGCACCGAGAUAUACUACAAAGAUCUCCGCUCGGACCAAGAGAGAGGAUAAAUGAGACAUUGAUAAGACUUUGCUGAAUCUGUAAACCACACUCGCUAAAUCCCGAGCAGUCUGCCGCGAGCCGCCUGAGAUUAUUCUGAAUCCUCGCCAUACCAUUAGCAAUACCGUGUUGCAAUAACCAAUGAUGAAAAUGAAAGACUCGACUCUGGACUUGCAAGGACCUGUGGUAGCUUUUGACGUAGACGUUGGUGAACGUGACGUAAAGCUUGCCAACCUGCACAAACGAGUCGCCGCCCCCGGCAACCAAACUGAUGCUGCGCCCAGCAACAAAUCUGUCUGCACGAUAACGUGACAUUUAAACCACAGUGUGUUCCUCUUGACUUGAACAGAAAAAUGCGUGAUCUCUGACUGAAUGUGAGAACAGUUAAAAAAGAACUGAAAUGUAUCUUAGCAAAGUGACAUUAUGUGUGCUUUAAAAAUGACCACGUAAUUAAAAUGCUUUUUACUUUGGUCUAUGCUUCAGGUAAAGAUUUAGAAAUGGAAAAGUUUGCUCUAUUCUGACUGUAAAUUUGUAUAUUCCCAGCUGUGCCUAUAACUUGACUUAGGCAGCAAUGUUUUAAAGAAAAAUAAUGAAUUUGUGAUCUGAUCUUGUUAGUGAAUUUCUGAUCAUUAUAACGAGUCAACAUAAAACUUGUGUUCCCUAACAACAAGCUUGACAAUUUCAUGAUCAGACUGAUCUGAUGCCCAUACUGCGCAAUUUGUAAAUCAAUAAUUUUGAAAAGAAUCUUAAUAGAAGUGUGUUGAAUUAUUAUUUACUCUCUGAAAGUAUCAUUUCUUGUUGUCUCAGACACUUCAGGGACAGUUCUGUUCUCUCUGCUGUAGCAGAUGGCUUUGUCCUUUUUUUUUUUUUAACACUUCAUUACAUGUAUUGUGAUGGAAAAGAAAUGUAUUUCUUAUUUAAGAAACGUCAUUUCAUAAAUGAAGGAAAAGGUGAAAGUUUCAAACUUUGCAGGCAGCCUUAGUUAUGUUAGAGGAUGAUAGGUUGGAUCCAAGUUUUAAAUCAAGGGAAGUAACCAAAUUAAUAACAAUGUAUUGUUAAAUGAAUUGUAUUUUGGUUGGUAACUGUUAGGUCUUUUAAUGGGAUGUUGUGCUCUGUCAAAUGAGUGACCUUGGUGAUUUAAUUGGAUUUGAUUCAAUACUGAGUUUAUAAUUAAUGGUACAUAAUUAAUUAAACAUAUUACUUGGAAAUAAAUACAAUGAAACUAACUAUUAAAUGUUGUAUAUCAAACAUCUGAUAAGGAAGACAUCUAAUCAUUUGAAAGUACAAUGUAUAAAAAUGCAUCUGUUUAGUAAGUGACAAAUGUCCAUCUUAGAAAUAACGUGGAUUAACUCAUUUCUAUUGCAGUGCAUAACAUUGACUCAAGUUGUUUUUUCCAAACUGAAAUUUGAUUUGAGACACAUACGGAGUGGUGUAUUAUUCAUGUUCUUAUAAUGCUUUCUUUGAAAUAGUUGCAAAUGUCCAUCUUAGAAAUAACGUGGAUCAGCAAACUGUUUUGCUAGCAUGACAUGUGAAGAGUUUGAAAAACUGGAAUGAAACAAAAACUUGUUUACAUGAUAUAAUGUGAGGGAAGAGAUCUGAUGUGUUGUGUCAGUUCUGAUGUGUGUAUAUAUGUAUGUAGUGUCAGUGUGUUGUAUUGCUGAAUAAUUCACUUGAUGAUAACCUAUUGGAUUCAUCUUAGAAAUAACGUGAGUCUUUCGGUGUUGUCUUUGAUGAGUUUGGCUUGAAAAUGUCAUCCAAAGUUCAUUGUUGUAAGACCUGCAACAUGUUUUCUAUGCAAGACUGACUUGACAUAUGAUGUUUGCAGUGUUUUUGUUUCAUACUCAGUGUUUUCGUCCGGUCUGGAAAGAAUCUGUUCAGUCUUGGUGUGAACCUCAUGGUAAAGACAGAAAUAAAUCUGAUGAGAUUGAAAAAAAAA